GGGGGGGGAAUCCAAUCCGGUUUGAGCUAGUUUUCUUCCAAUGGAACAUUAUCAUCUCGCUGCCCUGUAUUAGACUGUACUUGUACAGCUUUAUUCGGACUACUGUAUAUUUUUGUCCCGUAUUCAGUUACACUUUGCAGGUUUUUUCCCUUUUCCACAAACAUCCCUCACAAAUCUACCAUGCCUAAAAGGAGCAAAGACGAUAAAGAGGCAACUGAAACAGUGCAGCCCAAGAGGAGAUCUGGCAGAUUCAUUAAAACUGCCGCGCCUGCAACGCCAGAGCCCCAACCCAAGCCAAAGAAGGCAGCUACUAAGCCUAAGAAAGGUAAGGAGGUGGAGAAGGCCAAGCCCGAGGAGAAGGCAGAAGAUGCCCCCGCUGAGAAUGGCGAAGCCAAAGCUGAGGAAGAGGCGCCAGCCACAGAUGCAGCAGAGGAAAAAGAUGAGGAGGCAGAAUAACAUCUCUCAAACCACAUCUUUAUCAGUGCUCCCUGUACCUCUUUUUCUUGUACAAUUCAGGGGAAUAUUUCUAUCAACUAUUUUCUAAAUACAGGUUUUUUAGUAGUCUGAUUGUAGAGAACACUUUUUGUUAAGGAAAGACAAAAAAAAAAAUGUCAAUUUGGAGACUGGGGGAAAAUGUCAUCGCAUCCCAUAAUGUAACGUUCAAGUGGUUUUCAGUUCCGUUGUUUUUAAAUGUGAACGGGGGUGGGGGGGGUGCAGGAUGGCUUACAAUGUCAACAAGCAAUCAUCUUCACCGGAACUUGGUCUACAACUGAAAGUGUUUUUGCCUGUGUGGAUUACAUUCCAUAUGCUUUAAAAGGGACAGUGUAUGUAAUCUGUGCCGAGGCAGAGAAGGACACAGUCACAUAUUGGUUUAUUGUUUAUACUGAAAAACAGUGUUUUAGAAUGUUUGCAAACUUUCCCCUCAUGUACACACGGUUUUCGGAAGAAAUUGGAUCAAUAAAUUACAAAUCCCUUGUAGUGGAGCUCUCCCUAUCCAAACUAUGUAUCUUCUGUGUUGGUUGUGUCCCUGUUCUGUGAUAGCAUUGCAAUAACUUUGUAUAGCUGCUGUGAAAAGAGGUUUGCAAUCUCGGUAUGCAGUGCAUAAUGGUACAUUGUACGGAUGGAACAAAAAAGGAAUUUGCUUUCUUAGCCAAGCUAAUGAGAUGGGGGGGGGGGGGGGGGGGGGGAUAAAACUGGUCUCUUAAUGCCAGCAGACAACCUGUACAUUUAUAAGAGAUGUCCGGGUGCAUACCAGCAGUAGCUAUACUCGCGCGAAGUUUAGGUAACAGUGAAAGUGUGCCGUUUCUUUUUGUUUAUAGAUGUACCUGUGUAAUUAUUGUUAUCAACAAACCAAUAAAGCUCAAUUGGUA